GUAAAGAAUGUGAUCCAUUUAUGAAUAUUGAAGGAUGGUCUAGUGGAAAUAAUGAAAUUGAUAAAUUUAUCAAAGAUACAAUUUAUGGUGCGAGGAAUAAGAAACGUAAAUUUCUUGAAUGGGUGCCAUUUGAUAAAUUUAAAGAUAUAAACCAAAUUGGUGAAGGUGGAUUUUCCAAAGUAUAUUCUGCAACGUGGAUUGAUGGUCCAAAAAUGAAAUAUAAAAAUUUUAAUUGUUGGGAAAAACGUAAAUCUGAACCUAUCAAAGUUGCAUUGAAAAGGUUAAAUGGAUCAGAGAAUAUGUCAGCUGAAUAUUUAAAUGAGAUUAAAAUACUUUGGGAUUUAUGUCAGAUAGACAUUAGUUAUCUAAUGUUUUAUGGAAUGACCAAAGAUCCAGAAACUGAAGAACUUAUAAUAAUUUCACAAUAUGCAGAUAAAGGAAAUUUGAGAAGUGUUCUUUUACACAAUUUCAAUAAUAUUUUGUGGAAAGAGAAAUUAAUUUAUUUAAUUUCGAUAGCACAUAAUCUUAAAAGUUUACAUGAAUUAGGAUAUUUUCAUAAAGAUUUUCACAGUGGAAAUAUAUUACAAAUUGAUGGUAGUAUGUCCAAUUAUUCUUAUAUUUCAGAUUUUGGAUUAUCUGGACCAUCAAAUAAACAAAAAUCGGAUGAUAAAAUAGUAUGUGGAGUAUUACCAUAUAUUGCCCCAGAAGUUUUGAAUGGAGAACCAUAUACAUUAUCUUCAGAUAUUUAUAGUUUUGGUGUAAUUAUGGCUGAAUUAUCAUCUGGAAAACCACCAUUUCAUAAAAGAAAACAUGAUACUACCUUAGCAUUAGAAAUAUGUAAUGGACUCAGACCAGAAUUUGGAAAAGGAACUCCUGAAAUUUAUAAGAAACUAGCUUAUAAAUGUAUGAAUGCUAAUUCAAAUCAAAGGCCAACAGCUGGAGAAUUA